AUGUUCAACAGCAGGAUCAUUGUUCGCCGGUUCACAGACCAACUCACUGGAGCUGAUAACCUGGAGCGGUCGACCAAAGCCGCACAAGCAGAAAUUGAUGAAGAGCACGAGAUGAGAGAGCGCCAACGCCUGGAGCUGUUCUUCAAGAGCCCCGAGAAUUCGGUUGCCCUGCAAGAGACGAUUGACAAGUUGACAGAAAGCGCAAAACCGUCAAUGAUGCAACGCAUCGGCAUAUCAACCAAGUCUACAAAGACAAAAACAAUCGAAGUGCUUACGGAUGCAGUACAAGGAGACUUUGAAAGUCUCAAAGCGUCAAUUGACAACCUGGAGAAGGAGUGGAAGGCAAAACACGGACGCGCAGCGAAGACUUACGGAGAUAUCGCAGAAACGCUGUCAAAGGCAAUCACCAGAAUUUCAGAAAAGGUCACGACAUGCUCUGGGUUCCUCGAGAUCAUCAGAACACCGCGGAUGAGAGCAAAACUAGCAGACAUCUACGCCCGCAUGUUAGGGGUAGCAAUAAUAAAAUCUUCCGCUUAUGCUCUAUCUCGUGGCUAUCGCGAUUACAAAUACAGAAUGUAG